GUGACAGGGUCUCUCCUCCCGGCACACCGCGGGAACCUGCACAGCACCCCGGGAUUAGGACUAAUGAACCGGAUUGAGUAAUCUGCAGGAGCGCGCGGUGCGCACUGACUCAUUGUCUCGCUGAGGGAUUUUAUUAUAUACCUUUUGACUGGAGACGAUGUCUGUCCGGGGAUACUUUUUCGCUCUUUCCAAACGCACAUUUCUUCUUUCUCUGAGGAUGUUGCUUCUUGUGCCUGCAGGGUUGCCGGUCCACAGCCAAGGGGACUCUCAGUCCGACAACAAAGUGAUGGACAACAUCACGGUCCGGCAGGGAGAGACCGUUUUCCUCAGGUGUGGACAGGGGGACGUGGUCACACACACAGCCUGGCUGAACCGCUCCAGCAUACUGUACGCAGGAGAAGACAAAUGGUCGGUGGAUUCCAGAGUGAGUCUGGUGACCCUUAAUCAAGAGGAGUUUACCAUCAAGAUUGAAAACGUGGACAUGACGGAUGAGGGCCAGUAUGUGUGUGCGGUGCAGACCAGCAGCCGGCCCAGAACCACCUCUGUGCACAUCCUCGUGCAAGUACCACCAAAAAUCAUCAACCUGUCAAAAGAUAUUGUGGUAAAUGAAGGCUCCAACGUCACCCUGAUGUGCCAAGCCAGCGGGAAACCAGAGCCCUCCAUCAGCUGGAAGCUCAUCUCGUCCUCAGGGGACCUGGGAUCAGACGAUGAUUACCUGGAAAUCCCAUCCAUCUCCAGACAGAGGGCGGGGACGUAUGAAUGCACAGCCGUCAACGAAAUCGACACGGACGUCCAGACUGUGGACAUAACUGUCAACUAUGUUCCAGCUGUGUCAGAGGGCAGAGACGUGGGGGUGACUCUGGGCCAGCGGGGGGUUCUGGAGUGUGAGGCGGACGCUGUGCCCGAGCCAGAGUUUGAGUGGUACAAAGAGGACAGAAGGAUCUACACUGGCGUUGACGGCAUGGAGAUCUCCAACACUGGAUCGUUGUCCAAGCUGACUUUUUUUAACGUGUCUGAUGCAGAUUACGGCAACUACACUUGUGUCGCCACCAACAAACUUGGGAGCUCAAACACCAGCUUCCUUAUGUAUGUGGUAAUUGAACCCACUAGCUCAACGCUAUUGCAAGGACCGAGAGCAGUGCAGGACGGCAGCGGGGGUGCGGCAGGACUCCACCUACACACCUGCCUGCUGGGCCUGGUGUUCCUGCCCUUCCUGCUCAGAUUUUGAAGAGGAAUGGAAUUGAACACAAGUAUUUUGUUAUGUGUGUGUGUGUUUUUCUUUCAUUUUUCAAACGGAACCAUGAACUGAUGCACAUGCAAUAUCCUGCUAAUGUUGACCCAGUUACAAAAGUUUCAGUUUUUUUCAAGGAUGUAACAAAUGUUUGAGAUUUUAAUUGAACAGUGUUGGAAAUGUUCUCUCUAAACUUUAUUAUUCUGGAUUAUUUUUACAUAUAUGUUUUAAUUGUGUUGUUUCUUGUUCAAAUGGAUUUGUCUUAAUUUCAACUGCAUUGCAUAUUCAUCUUAACUCCAGGAAAAGGCACAUUUACAGCAGGAAUGAGAGGUGAAUGUUAAAUACCUCAAAGUCAAAGUGAGACAGUGAAGCAGAAGGAAUCUAGGUUACCCUGAGCCGGAAAGCCUGCUAUUCUUAUAUUUUAAUGUAUAAUAAUUAACAUUCAGUCUGGUUGUUGAAACAUAAUUGUUUUUGACCUUCAAGUGUUUUUGUUCUCAGCAUUAUAGUGAUAUACUUGCAGUUGUGUUAUUCUAAUCAUAUAAUUUAAUUCAAUGAUGUUGAGUUUUAAAUAUUUUUGAGAAGGGAAAAUAUGAAGUUGUAAUUAUUUAGGAGAAAUAUCCUAGUUAUAUGUCUGUUUUCUUUUUCUUUUCCAGUACACAAAUGGUGAUGAAUAAUUAUGUGAUAAUUAUGUAGUUAAAAAUGGAGAAAGAUUUCACUCCACUUGUGUGGAGUCGACGUCUUAUUUACAUGAUGCUAAUGUAUUAAUGAUGUUGCUACUUGUUUGAACAUAAUGUCAUUUCCACACUACACAGUUAUUUAAAAAGUUGUUCCUGUUUCUGAUCCAAACCAGCACUGUAGGGUCUGUGAGAUCAUGUUAUAGAAAAUAAAACACUUUCUGCAUGUAUUUAGACACCAACAACCCAAAGACUUUAGCAGCACCAUAAUUCCUAGGAGUUACGUUUUAUAUUCACAACAUCAAACAAAACACACAGACACGUAUCCCAUAUUUGUCUUUUCACAAACAAGAGGGUAAACACGUUGUGAUUUAAUAUAGUUUCAACAUGGGGUCAUUUUGGAAAUCUUAAUGAUAGAUACAUAUAAACCAAAAUCUACAGCGUGUGGUUUAUGAUUGAAGCUUAUUUGCAUCUGCACCUGGCAUUUCAAGUUCUUUUUAAGAAGAAAAUAGAAUAAUUGCGGGCCUGCUGUGCCGUAGUGAGCCACUGUUAUAACCAAGAUUGAUCUGAGUGAAAACUGUAACUGAGAAAACAGGAUACAGUAUGUGAUAAAACGAGAAACAUAUCUCAUAUUAUAAUGUUUUAUUAUGGAGGGUCAGCAGACAGAGGACAGACCUCCUGAAACGUUUUUGUUGUGAGCAUGAGGAUUUUAUGCAACAAUCAAGAGCCUCUCACGACACAGCAGCAAGAAGUACAGCCAGUGAUUUAUCUCUUUUGUUUGCUAACAAUACAACUGAGACGCACUCAUGUUCCUCCCAGCAGCCUGACAGCAACAUCAAAGCAAGCUUUUGGUGCAAGGCCACUGGUUUCUUGCAGCUGCCGUUUGUGCUUUCUGUAAGAGCUGCACUCCAUGUCAUUGAACCGGGUGCAGGAGUAAAUGAUUGGUAAGAUUCCAUUAUCACAACAUCCAACACGAUGGCAAAUGAUGCGCUUAUUAAGAAUCCACAGCUCUCACUGAGUUUUUCACAUUUCUUUUUUUUAAAUCAAUGCAAGACACUGAGCAGACUCAAAAGGAGGAGAGAGGGAUUGAAACAUUUCCCUUUCCCUCCGGUUUCCCCUGGAUUCCCUCAGCUUUGCUUGUUUUGAAACAAAGCCAACAUCCAAAUGAAAAAGGCACGAAGCAGGGUCGUUACUGAAUGUGACAGGUUCAUCACGUUUGUUUCCACACGACAAUAAUAGGGAGACAGAAACAGUGCAUACUAUUGUCUCCAGCAGAGAGAUGUUUGGAAAUGAUAUGCUUCUCAUUCCAUCGGGGCUUCGCUGAUGUCAGCUUUAUUUCCCCCAAUAUUAACCACAUUUGAGACACACUGCACCGAAAAGACUGAAAACAUUGACAAAUUACACAUAACUGUAUUAGGUUAGUUGAAAGCAAUAAUAUGAAGUUGAACCUAACAUUUUGUAUUUAAACUUAAUAUUAUUGCUUUUACACAACCCAAUACAAUGAUGUGUCAUUUGUUGACAUAAUGCAUUUAAUUAAAGUCGUGGUUUCAGUCUCUUCAGUGUGCGUCAGACCACCUCACAAGGACGUGUGUCGGGAUGCCUUCAGAAACAGUUUGCAUGGAAUUCAUGACUCACAGCAUCAUCACUUUUAAUUCACGUUUAAAGUUGAAAAGGAGCCAAAUGUGCUGAAAAUAUAAUAAUUUAACUAAUUACUUAAAACAAAAACACACACACACACAAUGACUCUUACUCCAUCACACACCCAUGCCACAGAUUCUGGUGUCAUGUUUAUUUCAGCUUUCAUUAUUGUUUAGUACAGCCCAGCACACGUCUUAAAAACUGGUCCUUUUAAUUUAUGAACUACCUCUUAGCAGUUAAAUAACAACACUGCAAUUCACCUUAAUGAGAUGUGUGUGUGUGUGUGUGUGUGUGUGUGUGUGUGUGUGUGUGUGUGUGUGUGUGUGUGUGUGUGUGUGUGUGUGUGUGUGUGUGUGUGUGUGUGUGUGUGUGUGUGUGUGUGUGUGUGUGUGUGUGUGUGUGUGUGUGUGUGUGUGUGUGUGUGUGUGUGUGUGUGUGUGUGUGUGAGAGGACAUGACACAGACACAAUGUUUGCAGCUUAUUGCUUUGUCCUAAAUAUGUGUGAUAUAUAUUUUACAUGUCGUUUAAAUUGCAGUAACAUGUUUGGGUCAAGCACACUGUUUCUGAGGACAACCCGAAGUAAGAGAAACAUUUAGAACAUAAACAGAUCUGUGCAAACUAUCAGGGCUGCUGUCAAAGUAUAACAUGUUUCUCUAGAGGAGAUGAAUGUGCACCUAACCAGAAGUAAGCUGGUGUCUGUACGGCUGACUUCACCUUAUAAUCCACCUAAUAAUAGCAGAGCCAUAUGGUUUCUGUGGCAGUGAUCCAGAGCCGAGGCUGUAAUGAGCAUCACUGACUGCAAACCAAAACUGUGCACAUUAAUAUUCUGACUUCACACGAUCAUUAGAGGAACCCUGCUAAUCCGUAAUAUCAAACAAGCAUAAUGUUUAUUAGCUCGGAUGAGAUCUAUAGUCACGGAUAAAGUGUUGUACACUGUGAAGCAGUGAGCUGAAGAAGCAACAUGGAGGCAGAGAGCAGGCUCUGUGAUCCGAGGACGACAUAUCUUUCGCGUUUUCAGAGGAGAUGGAAGAAAGUCAGCAGCUGUCAGAUCACUGCUGGAAAUCCUGUCAGAUCAUAUUCCUAAAGUUUUGGCCUUGGUCUGAGCCACGUGCUGCUACCAGAAAAGUGUCAUCUUUAUUUGCCUGCUCUCAAAUCCCUGCUGUUCCAAACGUGUAACAAGAGAAGGCAUGUGGAGAAAACCUAUGCAGGCGGCUCCUUUAAAGGCUUCAUUUGGAUCGUUUCUGACCUGAGGCGUUUGUUUUACUUAGCGCCAGUGUUGUUAACGCAUUAUACUGGUAGCCUCAAGGUUAGACAAGCUGGCUUGAAGAGCAGUUAAAUAAACAAUCACAUUACAUUUAAUGAACAGACAGUGUGAUGUUGUGUGCACAACUUGGCUAUUUGUCAUGUUAUGGCUCAUUUAGUUGUAAAAACUCUAAUAAGCUCUCGGUUGGCCUUCAAAUGGUCCUGUUGUUAACUGGGCUCAUCCUCCAAUGUAAAGUCCAAACUCUCAGAGUCAUCAAAUCCCUGUUCUGCUAACUACAACUUUCUUUAGUGUAAUCAAAAGUCUUAAAGUCGCCGUGGAUUGACUGACCGGCGACAGAGUCGGGGUUAGAAGAUCACUCCCUGAUGAUACAGGCGGUCUCACCACCAUGGUUUUUCUAAUUUAUUGUGCUCUAUUUGGCCACCAUAGCCCCAAAUGACUCCCUGACAAGUCCAUAUAUUAAGCCUGCAAAUGAUCUUGAAGGUGUUCUUGUGGAUUUGUGAUCACUGAUCCAACGACCAUUUACCUUGAACAUCAGGAUAAAGUCCUUUAGUGUGGGGAUCAUUUACCAUCUCUCAGGCGAAUGAGAGGCAGUUAUACUGCAGUGGCAUUCUGCAUGACGAAAAAUCCCCUAACUUCCACCAAGCAUGACUUUAAAAAAAGGAUAGACAAGACAGAAUGCAAGUGUCAUUUCAAGAGAGGAUCUUGUAAGAACCCUAGUAAUAUUUCUGAUCCACCUCUACAGAUUAGCUAUGGACUGAAAAGACCUGAUUACACACACCUUUCACUUUUUCUGAAUCCCAUCAGGCAGCUCUUAAUCACGUCCCAUGAAGAUGAAGGCUUAUCAUUUUGCAGUAGCACCAAACAUAUAAGGUGGUAUGACCUAUUUAUGAUGUCUGUUUGAAGUCUGCAUAAGGUUUUGUAGGACUCUCCCUCUCAGCAAACGGACAUGAACCCAAUUGAGACAAGGAAGUUGGGUAAAAAAGCUGUUGGUAUUAUAUUUUUCUUUGUCUCCAUAUGUGCAAAGCAAGACAAUAGCUUGAAAAGCGGAACACUGAACAACACUUUAUAACAUUCAAGAGAAAUAACAGCUUGUACUGCACUCACCAGAUAAAAAUAAGUCAUUUUCAUUUGAGAUGUUUUGUGACAUUUUUGUGAUUUGCAUUGGAGUCUAGAAGAGAUUGUUUUUGGAUGUGGACUUUGGUGAGACAUGAGGGAUCAAGGGAUUGUCAUAGCAGACGUAUGAAGGAGUCUCAUAAUCUUCUGAAUAAUUCACAAAAAUACAAUUUUGCCCUUUGACUGGUUACAAGUUCACAGGGCUGUCCUCACAUGUAAUGUUCCGGAGUGGAGGAGGACCUCUUGCACUUUGACUUCCUGCAUUGUAAAGGAUUGUUGGUUCAUAUGUAUUUUCUUGAUGAAAAGUCUGUGCUCAUAUUUAAGACUGACAAUAAUAAAAUGUUGUAUCUUAA